AUGGCGACGAGUAUAGCUUCUCAACUGCAAGCUCUCCGGUCAGUAAUUCAAACCGAUUUGGAGCCCAAGAAACGGCCCAUCACUAGACCAUCCAUUUUAUUCGACCCUAAAACAGCUGCUGAUCUUGAUAUCGAUACUAUACUUGAUAUUGCACUUUCAGGUUUGGAGGUACUUGUAAGUGCUGAUGAAAGGUUUAAGAACUAUAAGAAUGAUCUGUUUAGUCACAAAAGUAAAGAGUUGGAUAGAGAAUUGAUGAAUGGGGAGGAAAAUAAGCACAUUAACUCGACCAUUGGUUCAUAUUUGAGGUUACUAUCUGGACAUCUUCAGUUGAUUGCAUCACUUAGGACUCUUGAGUACUUGAUACGCAGAUACAAGAUACACAUGUACAAUGUCGAGGAUUUGAUUUUAUGUUCAUUGCCUUACCAUGAUACACAUGCAUUUGUUCGAAUAGUUCAGUUGAUUGAUACAAGAAAUGGUAAAUGGAAGUUUCUGGAUGGUGUAAAAGCAUCAGGUGCACCACCUCCUAGAAAUGUCAUGGUGCAACAGUGUAUUCGUGAUAUGGGAGUUUUGGAGGCGUUGUGCAACUAUGCAUCUCCCACAAAGAAAUUCUAUGCAUCAAGGCCUAUUGUCAGCUUUUGCACUGCAGUAGUUAUAGAGGUUUUGGGUUCUUUAACAACUGUCAAUACAGAUGUUGUACAGAGAAUCCUUCCCUUUGUCAUUUCCGGACUUCAGCCUGGAAGCAAAGGAGUUUCAGAUCAAAAGGCCGCUGCUUUGAUGAUUGUUGGUCUUCUAGCAUAUAAAGUUUCCUUGUCUCCAAAACUUGUCAAAAGUUUGAUGCGAUCAAUUGCUGAGGUAGUUCAGGAAGAUGCAAAGGAGCCAACUGAUCCGCAAUGGUUUCGUUCAUCAGUUAUGGCUCUAAUAAACCUUGUUCAGCUGCAAUCGGUUGAUGUGUUCCCGAAGAAGGCAUUGGAGAUUUUGAAGGAAACUAGGGAAAUAGCUGGGGUUCUUUUGGGACUUUCCAAGGAGUUCAAUAUAGAUAGAUUUCUUGCGGUGGUUUUGGAAGCUCUGGUUGACAACAGUUCUUCUGAUGACACAUGUCAUCGUGUUUUGGUAUCCAUAUUAGAGACAGUUCCUGUAAAGAAUUUUGUUGACCGUGUUGUUUCAAAGGUCCUCUUGUCUUGCAUGAAAAUGUCACAGAAAAAUAGCAACUCAGUAUCAUCUCAAUCUGGGAGCUGGGCGAAGGACAUUUUGAUGGUUAUUAAUAAAAUCUAUCCAUCUGAACUUCAUCAAGCUGUUCAGAAGUUCUUGGAGGACACGAAAGUGAAAUCCAAGAAUGAUGAUGCAGUUUUUGAGAUUUGUAAAAUGUUGGAUGGGAACUUGGAUAUCUCAGCUUCUGUUUCCGAUUCAAAAAUAUGGCUUGCUUUGCACCAUCCAAAGGCUGAGGUCCGGCGUACUACAUUGUCUGGUUUAAACAGACAUGUUGAUCUGAAAAACAUGACUGUUGAUUCAAAGAGGCUUGUAACCAUUCAAGAUGCUGUAUUGUGCCAAUUACGUGAUGAUGACCUAACAGUGGUUCAAGCAGCUUUAUCUCUUCAAGGAUUGUCUGAAAUCAUCAGUCCUUCUGAUCUUCUCCAAGCAUUAGAUGGCGUGCUUAAAAAAUGUGUUAGCACCCUAAGGUCAGGUGCAUCAGAUAAAACUGUUUUAGCUAGUGACGUUGCAAUUUCAUUUUUGAAGACUGCCAUCUCAACCUUUCAUGAUCAAAUUGAUUAUUCAAAGAAACUUGCUGCCAUGAUGUUUCCUCUUCUCCUAAUGUUUCAAAAGACACAGAGGCUAAAUUUGGAGGUCUUGGAAUUAGCGAAGGAACUGAAUUGGCCAUUUUAUAAUGAUCUCGCUGGUGUUUCCAUUGAAGAGACAAAAUUGCCACAUGAAGUUAUAUCUUCGAUCAACAUGAAGGUUGUUAACAGCUUGGCAGAAACAUUGUCAAGGCACCCAGGUGAGUACUUGUCAUGGCUUGUCGACAGCUCCAGUGACUGUACUGUCUCGAAGACCCUUUUCUUCUUGGUUCUGAUGCAGUCAUUUCUGAGGCUAAAUAACACAGAAAGGGAGCAAUUUUCAACUUUUUUUGAAGCUUGCUUUUCUUUUCUGAAGACUGAAUGGGAGUCUCAGUCUGCAGUUGUUGUUUCUGGGAAUGAGUUCAAUAAUGAAAUGCUUCAAUGGGAUUGUGGAAGGUUCCUAGAUCAGCUGCUUGACACCGAUCUUAGGGCAUUACAUACAAGUAUCCUUAUUUGCAUCUUUUGGAGGUUACUGGAGGCUUUUACUUCAAUGGAGGACAAUCAGCAGUUGAUUAGCAGCAGACUUUCGGAUUUAUUUGUCUUUUUCUCGAACUCUCAGUCCAAGCAUUUUUUCAAGGAGCAUCUUCGUUACCUUGUUACAAAAUGCAAGAUCUCUCCUAUUGAUUUUCUGUCUGGUUUCUACACUGAUGAAGACGUUCCUGCUGCUGUCCAAGUUGAGUCUCUAAAUUGUCUUGCAUUCCUUUGUUCGGAGCCUGACGAUAGAUUGCUGCUUCAGCUUCUACUCAAUUUCCCUUCACUUCUUGUCCCACUAGCCUGUGGUAGCCAGUUUUACAUUCAAUCAUUGUCUGAUUCCAUAAGACGAAUGCCUCUAUUUCAGGAUCUAAGGAUUGCUGCCAUGAGCUGCAUUGAGGGGUUAUGUGCGCUGUCGCAUCGUGCUGACUAUUUAAGCAAGAAAAAUGGUAUUGCUUGUGACAUUAGAUUUCGUGUAGGCUCUCGUCUUUCUCAGUUGUACAACUAUAUUCUGAAUGGAAUAAAUGACAGGGAACAAUGCAAAUUGGAGUCAUUUUCUUGA